AUGUCACAAUUUCGUGAUACAUUUACUAGGGGCAGUAAGAAGGAUCCACUCCUGUCUUACGAUGAUUUUGCCUCUCGGAUCUUUACGAGCGGGUUCAUGAUCUGUUUCUUGAUCCCAAUCACCAUAUAUUUACUCAAAAAGUGGUUUGGACCAAAGAGAAGUCGCCUACCCUCAAAAUUGCGCCUAUCUGAUGUACAUUUAGAAAAAAGCAAAACACCUACAGUUCAUUGUCAAUGCUCACUCUGCAAACAACGUAGAAAUGAGGAAAACAACGUAUCUUUCAAGCUCAGUGACCAUCUGUCACCCUCGAGAAUAGCGCAAGUGCUGGUCUUGGGAUUCUUUUGGUGGCUUGUAAUACAUCUAAUCACAGGAAUCAACCCUGAUGAUAACAUCAAAAAGUUUGACCCAUUUGCCCUUUUGGGUAUAUCUCCAGAGGCCACAAAGAAGGAGAUUCAAAGGGCCUAUCGUCGCCUCUCACUAAAGUAUCACCCAGAUAGGAAUCCAAACGAUCCAGAGAUGUCAGCUCUGUUUAUUUUAACUACAAAGGCCUACAAAGCUCUCACUAAUGAGAAAUCCCGCAUGAAUUAUGCAAAGUAUGGCAACCCUGACGGUCCUGGAAUGAUGAAAAUUGGUAUUGGAUUGCCUAGGUUUCUGAUUGACGAGAAUAACCAAAUUGUUAUUCUCUCUCUCUUCUUCAUUAUCCUGCUGAUUGUCAUGCCUGCACUUUUCUUGUGGUACUAUCGUACCCAAAAGUGCUUCACCGCGACUGGAAUUCGUAUUGAGACAUUACAAUUAAUCUACUACGCAAUGAAUGAAAACACUCGUCACAAGGCUCUUCCGGAGGUUUACUCAUGCUCUACGGAAUGUUGUCAGAUACCAUGUACUAUGGAGGAUGAAAAGGCACUUAAAAAAUAUACGGACGUCCUUGGAGAUUACAAGAAAAAGAAUAUAUCCAAGGAAACGUUCCGCAAUCUUAUCCUCCUACUUUGUCAUUUGAAUCGUGUGGACGAACUGCCUACUCAGUUGAUUUCUUCACAGAGGGAGAUUUUGAAGUACUCCAUGAUAAUCACUCAGUGUAUGCUUGACGUUAGCAUAUGUAGGGGGUGGAUUCUGACAAUCAAGUCCAUCCUGGACUUCCGCAGAUCUAUAGUUCACGGUAUAAUGGGAAAGAAUGAAUCCUUCUACCAGAUUCCUCACUUUACCCAGGAUGUCAUAAGUCACGUACAAAAGGGGAAAAAUGCAGUUAAAUUUAUCGAAGAUUUUGUUGCACAGUCACCAAGUGAUAGAAAGGGUACCGUCGACAUGUCUGAGCAAGAGAUUGCUGAUGUUGCUGCAUUUUGUGAUUAUUACCCCAAGAUUAACCUAAAGGCUACAGUAGCUGUAGCUGGAGAAGACAACAUUUUACUAAACGAUUUGGUUACACUGACAAUUACCCUUACUAGGGAAAAUGUGCCAGAGGGGCACCUUUCAGGUCCAGUGCAUGCUCCGCAUUUUCCAUGGGUAAAAUAUGAGGAAUGGUGGUUCCUUGUAAAUUAUCGUGAUGAUGAACGCGCUGUUGCUUUCACAUUUAGCAAUAGCAGAGAACGUGUUAUUGAGCAGUCUAUCCACUUCCUUGCGGAUAGACCUGGCCCAAAUACUAUUGUCGUUACAGCUUGCUGUGAUUCUUACUUUGGAUGUGAUAAGACGGCUUCAGCCGAUUUCUUUGUAAUUCCAAUUACUCACCGCUUUGAUUCCAAGAUUCACCCUGAAGAUCUCGCACUUGACAAUGAGCCUUCUGCUAUUGGAAAGCUCUUGGGUGAUAUGUUAGAACCCGAAUCUUCUGAAGAGGAAGAAGUUUCUGAAAUUGACUAG